AAUCAAUGAAUACUCUCAUAUAACGAUUUAUACAUAUAGGCAAACACUACCCGGACGCAUUUAGUGCGACACACGGGAUUAAUGGCUGCAGUCAAUGUACGGAUCCCGUCUCAUUGUUUACAUUUCGAAACGGUAUGUCCCCCGUGUUUUUGCGGGUGUCAUUGAUACAGGAUCAAACCUAACCUUGCAAAGAUGAUAGAUAUCGCUAAAUGAAUGUGAAAAAAAAUCUCCGUGAGACAGUAUCAAGCCGACCAGCGGCGGACUAGCCCUGUGUGCUAACUAUCGCAGCUCCAUCUUUCCUGUGUCGCCCGCUGCUCCAGAGAUGGCAAGUUAGUCUUCGUCUUUCGUUUGGCUUACCUCCUGCUCGGGUCUCAAGGACAACCAAAUGACUGAGGAGGUAUAGCGCCAGGUGAGCCUGAAGGCCAGAUAAAAUCUUCAAUUGAGGAAUAUCGACGGGUGCACAAUGUUUAGUGUACCUCAAAGCUCCAAGGCCGAGUUCCUGGAUAAAGCCAGGCAGGCCAGGGAGGAAAGGAAAGGACAUAAGGACAAGGAGAAAGCAGCAACCCACAUCCAGGCCCUGGUCAGGAGAUUUCUCUGUCGCUGCAGACUCCAGAAGCAAAUCCGGAAAGAGGUUGAUGACUAUUUCCAAGUCUCUGAAACAGGGACAUCAAAAAGAAAUGCACUUUCUGUUUUCAAAAUAGCUCGGAAAUUACUAUUCGUAUAUUGCCAAGAGGAUAAGAUGAGGUUCGAGAAGCUCUGUCAUGCAAUCCUUGCCAGCAUGGAGGUUGAAAAUGAACCCAAAGUUUGGUAUGUUUCUUUGGCUCUCUCCAAAGACCUCACCAUUCCCUGGCUCAAACAGAUAAAAGACGUGCUGUGGACCUGCUGUCAGCUGCUGAAAAAUUUAAAGCCUGACAUACUUCAGGACAAUAAAUUGGUAAAGCUGUACCUCACCAUGCUGAUGACCUUCACGGACACUUCAACUUGGCGGAUAGCAAGGGGCAAGGGAGAAGCCCUCAGACCUGCUUUGACGAGGUUUUGUGAAAACAUCAUGGGCCAUCUCAAUCAAAAGGGAUUCUAUUCAAUGCUGCAGAUCUUGCUGACCAAUGGCUUGGCUCGCACUAAACCAUCUCUCUCCAAAGGCACUCUAACAGCUAUCUUCACUUUGUCAUUAAGGCCGGUCACUGCUGCUCACUUCUCAGAUAACCUGCUCCGAUCAUUCCUCCUUCACAUCAUGUCAGUUCCAGCCGUCGUAUCCCACCUCAAUGUGCUUACUCCAGAGUGCAUGACCACCAUCCAGACGCAUGACCUGCUGCGGAAGUUCAUCCUGUUUCUCAGCCGUGAAGAACAAUGUCUGGACAUCUGUGUGUGUCUUGAGGGGAGCCACACACUCUGCUUACUUGGCAACCUGAUUCAUUUGGGCUUCCUUACUGAGAAAGUCCUUGAAGAGGAGGCCAACCAUUUUGUAAAGGACCUGACUGACAUGCUGUCCUACUGCCAGAGAUAUGUAUCCCAAAAGAAGUCCAACCUUACCCACUGGCACCCUGUCCUGGGCUGGUUCUCCCAAACCGUAGACUACGGUCUGAAUGAGUCCAUGCCGCUGGUCACCAGACAGCUUCAGUACCUGUGGGGUGUUUCUGUCAUCCGGACACUCUUCAGUGACGUCCUCUCUAAAAAGCUGGAGAGUCAGGAGCCCACACCCCCACCCCCACAGCCGAGCACAUCACAAAACAAUCUACCAGUUAAAAAUCUCUUCAAGCGAGCAUUUCAGAAGUCUGCUUCUGUACGGAACAUCCUGAAACCGGUCGGAGGGAAGCGAGUCGACUCUGCUGAAGUUCAGAAGGUGUGCAGCAUCUGUGUGCUCUACCAGACCGCUCUGUCUACACUAACGCAAAUACGACUUCAGAUACUCACCGGUUUAACACACCUUGAUGACCUUUUGCCCAAACUAUGGGCCUUCAUCUGUGAGCUCGGGCCUCAGGGAGGUCUCAAACUCUUCAUGGAGUGUCUGAACAAUGACACCGAAGAGUCCAAGCAGCUGCUGGCGAUGCUCAUGCUCUUCUGCGACUGCUCACGGCACCUCAUCACAAUUCUGGAUGACAUUGAAGUCUAUGAAGAACAAACAUCUUUCAAGAUCGAGGAACUCCUCACUAUCUCUUCAUUUCUCAACACAUUUGUGUACAAGAUGAUAUGGGAUGGCAUCUUAGAAAAUGCAAAGGGAGAGAAACUGGAGUUGUUCCACAGCGUGCACGGCUGGUUGAUGGUGCUGUAUGAGCGGGACUGCAGGCGGCGAUUCACCCCUGAUGACCACUGGCUACGCAAGGACCUGAAGCCCAGCCUGUUGUUCCAAGAGCUGGAGAAAGGCAAGAAAAGAGCCCAGCUUUUACUGCAAUACAUCCCACAUGUCAUUCCACAUAAAAACAGGGUGCUGCUGUUCAGGAACAUCGUUACAAAGGAAAAAGAAAGUUUAGGACUGGUCGAAACGAGCUCCGCUUCACCACAUGUCACCCAUAUUACCAUUCGUCGCUCACGGAUGUUGGAGGAUGGAUAUGACCAGCUCCGCAGAUUACCUGCAAAUUCCAUAAAAGGCGUCAUCCGUGUGAAGUUUGUCAACGAUCUGGGAGUAGACGAGGCCGGUAUCGAUCAGGAUGGUGUGUUCAAAGAGUUUCUAGAGGAGAUCAUUAAGAAAGUGUUCAAUCCUGCUCUCAACCUGUUCAAGACUACGAGUGGAAACGAAAGGCUGUAUCCUUCACCCACAUCUUACAUCCAUGAGAACCAUUUGCAGCUGUUUGAGUUUGUGGGGAAGAUGCUUGGGAAAGCCAUAUAUGAGGGCAUCGUUGUGGACGUCCCUUUUGCCUCCUUCUUCCUCAGUCAAGUCUUGGGUCACCACCACAGCACGUUCUACAGCUCCAUCGAUGAGCUGCCAUCUCUGGACUCUGAGUUUUACAAGAACCUCACUUCCAUCAAGCGCUAUGAUGGAGAUGUCGGGGAUCUGGGUCUGACGUUGUCCUAUGAUGAGGAUGUUAUGGGGCAGCUUGUCUGUCAUGAGUUGAUACCUGGAGGGAAAACCAUGCCAGUCACUAAUGAAAACAAGAUCAGCUACAUCCACCUCAUGGCUCACUUCCGCAUGCACACGCAGAUAAAGGAGCAAACAGCAGCUUUCAUUCGGGGCUUCCGCAGCAUCAUCAACCCAGAGUGGCUGCACAUGUUCUCCACGCCUGAGGUCCAGCGUCUUGUCUCGGGAGACAAUGCUGAGAUUGAUCUUGAUGACCUCAAGAAACACACAGUGUACUAUGGAGGCUUUCACAGCAGCCAUCGUGUCAUCAUCUGGCUGUGGGACAUCCUGUCCAGUGACUUCACUGCGGAGGAGAGGGCUAUGUUCCUUAAAUUUGUUACCAGCUGCUCCAGGCCGCCUCUUCUAGGUUUCGCCUACCUCAAGCCACCUUUCUCCAUCCGAUGUGUGGAAGUUUCAGAUGAUCAGGACACCGGAGACACCCUCGGCAGUGUUCUGAGGGGCUUUUUCACAAUCCGCAAGAAAGAACCUGGUGGUCGACUACCCACUUCAUCGACAUGCUUCAACCUGCUCAAGUUGCCCAACUACAGCAAGAAGAGCAUCUUGCGCGACAAGUUGCGCUACGCUAUCAGUAUGAACACCGGCUUCGAGCUCUCCUAACUCAGUCGCACCGGGACAAUCUUCACAGGAGGGUUGUGUUCAGCAGCCUGAGCCGAGCAGGGGGCUCCACAUACCCGAUCUGGAGCCUGUCAUGUCAAAGGGGCAUCACCUAAACAGAAGGGGGAAUGACGAAGGACCUACAAACUCUUCUUUUGUUUCUUUUGAAAACUGGAUGCUCUCCUUCAGCCCACGCCCUCAUAUUAAAGGGGAUGCAGUUUCUGCAGCACAAUCCAAUUUUUAGCAUCUCCCUUUGCCACUCCCAAAAUUCAAUAUGUCGUGUAUUUAACUUGAUGAAACACGAUGGAUAGAUUUCUGUUUCUCAGGCUUAACAGAAUCCUGCUCGGAUCUAACACUCCCAUUUUAAGCGAACUGGAAAGCAAUACAGAUGCAAUGCAAGCCAUUAGACAUGUGGUUGACGCACUCCAGUGAAACCAAGCGAUGCAUUGUUAACAUACUUACAAGCUCGGACUCCAUUAUCCAAGCAACUUUGAGCUGAUACUGGAUCAGUCUUAAAAUGUUUUGCUGAACAUAAUGCAUCUUUUAUAAAUGGAAGACAAAUCAAUGUCUUGUGUUCAGCCUCCAUGGAAGGAGGAGGAGGAGGAGGAGUGGUGCACAGCAGUGAUCCUGUGUUGAUUACAUUACGUCCCAUUUCGAGGAAAAAUCAUUUAAAAUAAACUCCAUUUCUCCCCACUACAAGACGCUGGCUGCAGUCACCUAAAAGAGAUGUUCUGUUUUGUUUUUUUUAUGUUGAAAUCUGCGUCAGUUCUGGUGACGCAGCAGAAUUUCUUGACACGAAAAAAAAAAAAAAAUCUGAUCUGCUGUUUGUUUGAUUUAGAAAAGAUCUCCUUGCUGUAGCAUUUUCAUUUUGAAUUAAAAAUAAACUGG